CCAGCGGUCCCUUCAACCUCCGGGUUGUAAGGUUGACUGCUGAGGCAGUUCGUUCGUUCUAUGGAGCCACCAGCCUUUCGUGGGUAAAUUCAUGGUGUCAAUUUCCGAUCGACAGAUCUCAGAGUAAUUGGGCACCAUGAAGCUUGAAUUCGCUGUAACAGGCUUGAGCUCAGUGGACGGUGUUCCGAAGACGUCACAUUCCAAAUCCUUUCGCCGAGACCGUCGGUUGGUGAGGUUAAGGGCUAACCGUUUCGACUACAUCACGAUUCUUUUGGGGGUUUAUACUGGGGAAGAUUUUAGAUCUGCGGAUGCUUGGUAUGGGAAUAACGGGCUUGGAGCUUGGGCAUACAAAGGCGGAGGUGUAAGGAGGGGGCAUGGAAAUAAUAUGGAGGUUCCGUAGUGGUCGCCUCCACCUUGUGCUUGUUUAUUCUGAUAUAGCAGAUGCCUUCGUUUGAAUGAUCCCGCCAGCUUUUUCCGUCUUGAUUAUUUUGCUCUGCAGAGAUUUUUCUCGCUCCUUCCUACAUCAAAGUGCCCACAGUCUUGCGAACUACCACUUACUGCCUGAACACUAGCUGUACUGUCGUUGCAUAUGUUGACCGCAGCCGUGUCCUCUUUUCCCGCGGUGUUCGAAGUACCCAUGGAGGCUGAAAUCAUAUCGAACCAAGUGGAAAAGUCUUCUCAAUGUCUUCAAGGAUUGCCAGCCGUCAACCUCCCUCGGUCUCUCGGAGUUCUUGAUGCACCGGUGGCUUCGAUCGAUACCUGCAUUCCGUGGUGACUGACAAGUAAACAGUGCUUCCAACCUGGGGCUUCGUUGAGCGGGACGAUCAUACAAAGUGUUCCAAGGUCCAAGAUCGACAUGUAUAUUUACGGACAGUUCUCGGUGCAAUCUUCUGUUAGUACGCACUCAGUAUGAGUGUCGAAGCCGCAUAAGGCGCUCCGGUAUGUAGAAUCUGGCCCGUGUGCUUUGGUCAUCCAAACCUUCGUCUCCGUGCCAUGGCCGUUGAUGGCGUUGUGCAAUGCAGCAUCCACGUCAGAUUUAGUCGAUAUUAUCCCCUCAUUCUAUCAAUCGAUAGCUGGUAAACAGCUUAACAGUACAUUUGUUUAGUCUCGAUCCUCUAAAGUCACAUAUCGAUCCAGUCAUGGAACGAGUUUAAAAUCCCACCGUUCCUGAUGAGUUAAUCCAAGGUCUUGCCUCCCACCGCUAUGGAGCCGAGGUAACCGUAUCAUCUGUCUUUAUUCCUACCUUUUGCAUUUACAUCGACUGGCUUCAGGUAUUGACGUACCUCAAUGGGCAAGGUUCGUCUCAUGUUGAACCAUUGGUGGAAUUCCUGCCUCGGUAGCUGGCCGUCCACCAUCAUCAGAUGAUCAAAUGUGGACAAGCACAAGCAGUAAAGGCAGAAGAAUUCAAGGAUAAAGUGCCGGAUCAUGGAACGGACCGAUAGAAGUUUGCUACUGUACAGUACAGGAUGACAGUUUAUGGGGACCCCACCGUCCCACGGUGUUGUUCCUGCGUGGCUGCCAUGCCAUUGCGGGGUUGCGUGACCCCUCAUUUUCUUCCAUUGGCCAAGCCCACAGCUCAUCUCCUGUCACUGCUGCACGCUGCAAGCGAGCCUGAACGACGUUCCCUCGGAACCACCAAUCAACCCUACAACACCAAAAAAGUCAUCCGUGCCGGCAUUUAUAUCGACAAGCAUAUAACCCCACACUCUUCGGCCCAGCUACCGAAUGCGACAUAGACUUAGCCCUACUUUCUGCCCAAGUCUCUUUCCUGCCGAACAACUUCUCUUUUCUCGCCGAGGAACCCUGUCAUACUUGCCGCUUCACCAAUUCCCCUUCUCAUAGACUAUGAUAGAGUUUGACGGGCAAGGUACGCCUUCUGGAGGAAGCCAUCGUCACCUGCAGAUUCAAACCUUCAUUUCGCCGAGAAUACCCUCCAGCGCUUAGGCCAGGCCAGCGGCGAUUGUUGACUUGCAUGGGGAUAUCGGCCCUAUGAUCAAUAGCACAGCGAGUGCAGAGAUUACCACUCAUCCCUGAAAAGAAGAUCCAUGAUAUAAAGACAUCAUGGAUACCGUACCUUCAACUUUCUUUUCCUCACUCAUCCCCUCCCUCAACAUCACAUCCCUGAGUUCAACUUUCACUCAGCCCAUCAUGUAUUCUCUAUCUUCUCUUGUGGUUCUCGGCAGCCUUGCGAUCCAAGCAGUCUUCUCACUCCCAGAUCCAAGUCGGGUCCAGGAGCGAGAAGCCAAGAUACUGAAGCGAUCGGUGGACUCAUUCAUUGCAACUGAGAGUCCGAUUGCCCUUCGCAACAUGCUGUGCAAUAUCGGAUCUGAUGGCGCUUGUGUGCCAGGAGCGAGAUCUGGUGUGGUCAUUGCUGGACCAGGAAAAGCGAAUCCUGAUUACUUUUACACCUGGACCCGCGACUCGGCAUUGACGUUCAAGUGUAUUGUUGAUACUUUCGUCAGCAGUUAUUCGGCAUCUCUCCAAACGGAAAUUGAGAACUACAUCACUGCGCAAGCAUAUCUCCAAACCGUGUCCAACCCAUCUGGUGGUCUUUCCAGUGGUGGUCUAGGUGAACCCAAGUACAACGCUGAUCUAUCUGCUUUCACUGGCUCUUGGGGUCGGCCGCAGAGGGAUGGUCCUGCACUUCGUGCCACGGCUUUGGUUACUUACGCCAAGUGGCUCAUCGAUAAUGGCUACACUUCUACUGCAAGCUCAUUGGUGUGGCCUGUCAUCCAGAACGAUCUCUCUUAUGUCACGCAGUACUGGAAUCAGACAGGCUUUGAUCUCUGGGAAGAAGUCAGCGGAUCUAGCUUUUUCACUGUCGCUGCACAACAUCGUGCACUUGUAGAGGGUAGCGCUUUGGCGAAACUCCUUGGCAAGACUUGCACAUAUUGUGAUUCUCAAGCACCCCAAGUUCUCUGCUUUUUGCAAAGAUUCUGGGGUCCUUCUCAAGGAUAUGUGAUUGCCAACAUCAACCAGAAUAGUGGUCGAUCUGGCAAAGAUGCCAACACCAUUCUUGGGUCGAUUCAUCUUUUUGAUCCUACCGCAGCUUGUGAUGCGACAACAUUUCAACCCUGCUCCGAUCGCGCCUUGGCAAAUCACAAAGUUGUGACGGACUCCUUCCGGUCUAUCUACACCAUCAACUCAGGAAUUGCUCAGGGAACAGCUGUCUCUGUUGGCCGAUAUCCUGAGGAUAGCUAUUUCGGCGGGAAUCCCUGGUAUCUCAACACUCUCGCUGCCGCUGAGCAACUCUAUGACGCGCUGUAUACUUGGAACAGACAAGGUUCCAUCACCAUCACUUCGACCUCGCUCGCAUUCUUCAAAGACCUGGUCUCGUCAGCUGCUGUCGGAACCUACGCAUCCUCAACCUCAACCUACACCACUCUCUAUAAUGCCGUGAAAACAUACGCUGAUGGCUACGUCAACGUCGUUGCAACCUACGCACAGUCCAACGGCUCCCUCUCAGAACAAUUUUCAAGGUCGAACGGAACCCCGCUAUCAGCCUAUGAUCUGACUUGGUCAUAUGCAGCCUUCCUCACAGCAGCCGAACGCCGCGCAGCAAUCUUUCCCUAUCCCUGGGGCGAAAUAACCGCCUCCAGCGUCCCCUCAGUCUGCUCCUACACUUCCGCCUACGGAACUUACUCCACAGCAUCCACCGGCACCUGGCCACCAAACCAGACUCCCAUCUCUGGAUCCCCUACAACCACAACCGCAACCGGCAGCAAUCCAACAACAACUAGAACCGAAUCCAGCACCAGCACCUCAGCGGCAUGCACACCCGCCUCCAGCGUCGCUGUAACAUUCCGUGAAACCGUCACAACAGUCUACGGCCAAACCAUCAAGAUCGCAGGCAGCGUCGCCGAGCUCGGUAACUGGAACACAGCGAAUGCAGUUGCGCUCUCGGCCAGCGAAUAUACAUCCAGCUCACCGAUAUGGAAAGGUACUGUCACGUUUGCGGCGGGAACGGUCAUCGAGUAUAAGUAUAUCAAUGUAGCGAGUGAUGGGGCGGUUACAUGGGAGAAGGAUCCGAAUCAUACGUAUACGGUGCCGGCGAGUUGUGCCACGGCUGUUACGGUUAAUAACUCAUGGCAGUCGUAGAUGGGGAUGGGGGUUUAGCUACGAGAAAGGUAAAUGGUGUGUAUUGAGAUGAAUUGGAUGGUGUGGGGUGGGUUGGUGACAUGAGUACAGGACCCAGAGGUACAUAAGGCAGCUAAGAAGGCUUUCCUGGAGUUCAUUCUUAAGGAUUCUGAUCAAAACUAGAUAAAUUGAAUGAAUAUUGCUGAUGAGGCAUGAUUGAUUCGGUUUCUUCCCCCGUACCGGGCUUUGGCACAGGAUACCAUGAUAAUGCUUCGGUCCAGUCGAAAACAUCCCUGAGGCACGCUUCCGUUAGGAGAGUUUGUUGUUGCUUUGCGAGAGCUGGGGAGAUGCGCAUUGCAGAACUCCAAGUUGGAAGGUCUGACGACUAUUCUGUCUAUGUGGAGUGCUGGGGAGAGAGCGGAUGGGUACAGUAAGGCUUGGAGCUUGAUAAGCUUAGGCAUGUCAGGAGUGGGCGGGCGUUGAAGACUGUGGAAUCUGUCAUAAUUGCAGUUGCAUAAGGAGCUACUACAGAGAGAGAGAAUCUCCUAUAUAAAGGGGUAGCGUACUCAGUAGUACGGCCUAUAGUACUGAGUCUACGCCUACAAUCCCUAUAUUUCUAAUAGCCC